AUGCUGGAGGUGUCCAAGAGAGUGGAGGCAAAUGGGAUCAAUACCUUGAUAAAGCAGCUCAUGAACAACGGUGAGCUCGAGUGUUUCGCAGAGAGGUUGACCGAGUUAAUCACAACCUUCCAGGAUGUAUUCGCGCUCAGUGACAAGGAGCUGUCGCAAAUGAAUCUCCUUGAACAUGACAUUGACCUGGGUGACACCAAGGCCAUCAAGCGAAGAACCAAAGCAGUGCUAAAAGGAGCAAGGCCAGAGUUGAAGAAUAUUUUGAAUAAUCUGGAAGAACAAAAGUUCAUUAGGAAAUCAACUUCAGAAUGGGCAUCUCAAAUAGUGUUAAUCCAGAAGAAGGAUAAAACGUUUCGACUGUGCGUCGAUUAUAGAGCACUGAACAAGCACACAAAGCACAUUCUUACCCCUUACCUAUCAGGAACACUCUCCUUCAGAGCCUAG